CACGCGACAAAAACAAACCGUCGCAGGUUAGCUAGCUAGCUAAACGUCACUGUUAACCAUGAACGGUUAUGGCGUUAGAAUAACUGUAGUGUUUUGAGGGUGACAAUGAUUUCAGUGAGCUACAUUCUGCUGUGCGGACAGCUGCUGCUGCUACUGUCGAUUCUCUUACAAUGUCUGGAAGGAAUUCACUCGGAAAACUCCUCGACAGCGGAGACUCCGGCUGCUUCUCCUACCGCGGUCCCAUUCAGCUCGCAGCCGCCGGAAAUCGGGAAAGAUGAGAUAUCCGGAGACAAUACGAAUAAUACAGAGCGCUACGAGUACAGACCCCCGUCUCCAGUCGUUCUCUGCAGCUAUCUACCAGAGGAGUUCAUCUACUGUCAGGACCCGGUCGAUCAGUCACAGAACCACAGCGCCUUCCUGGAGAUGGGCCACGGUUGUUUCGGGUGGGGGGGCCAGACUCAGAAAGAGGUGAACCACACACGGGUUCUCUGCUUCGCCCUGGACGGUAUCGAGUGUGCCGGAUCCAGAGAGUUCCUCAGAGGAAACGUGCCCUGCAUCAAAUACACCGGCCACUACUUCAUCACCACGCUGCUGUACUCUUUCUUCCUGGGCUGUUUCGGGGUCGACCGCUUCUGCCUGGGCCACACCGGCACCGCCGUCGGGAAGCUGCUCACCCUGGGAGGGCUGGGGAUCUGGUGGUUCGUGGACUUGAUCCUGCUCAUCACCGGCGGCCUGAUGCCCAGUGAUUCCAGCAACUGGUGCACCUACUACUGAGUGUGACUGAGGACAUGAGGGGGGUCUCAGUCAGACACUGUCAAUUAAAUAUUGAGAACUACAGUGAUGGGGCCUCGGCCUGCCAUAGUUAUGGAUCUGUGGGCUCUGCGGUGCAAAGUGGAGUCCAGGGACCUCCUGAGGACUCCUAGAGGGUUCCCAGGAUCCUCCCAAGAACAAUAAGGAAUCUUUUAAUUUAAAUUUAAUCCACUUGAAAUGUCCCACAGAAUGCAAAAGAAUGUCUAAUGUACAUUUUCACGAGUAAAUUAGAUGGUCUCUUUCUCACCUGUAGACCAGUUCAUAUGGUCCAGACCGGGGACAUGUUCUGGCCUUUCAGUCCUGGUCUGCUUCAUGAUGACUCUGACUUGACCGAUGGUGGUGGUGGUGGUGGUGGGGGGGUGGUGAUCACUACAUGCAUAGAUGCAAUGCUUCUAAGAUGUCGAUCAGUAGAUGGAUCUAUAGGUAGUGUGUGCUGAAUGAACACGUCCAGCAUCAGAACAUCAGGUGGUUGUAAUGCUUGGAACCGGACCGUCUGGAAAAAAAAGGAGGGUCCUGGUCCAGUUGUUUAGUCCGCACCAGAGAGGAUCCAAGAGGACUCGAGAGUGGUUAAUUUGUGAUGUGAAAGCACAACCAACCACAGGGUCCGGUGGUAGUAAAUAUGUCAUUUUAGCCCACUGCUCUCCCUCUGUACUUGUUUGUAGCUCUGAUGUACGCCAUCCGGUUUCAGUCUUUACUGGUCACAGUCAUUAUCAGUUAUUUCUUUAGGAGCUCUUUUGGACACCAGAUAACACACAAGGCUCAGUGAAGUGCAGCAUGACUUGCUGUCAUAAAAAUAGCCAGUGUGAACACAACAUCUAAAAGGCAACAAUGUUCCUCUUCUCUUCGAUCUGACCAACUGAGCUGAACUACAGGUGUGAAAGUGAAGCACAUGGUCUGCGGUCCCAGUUUGGGAAUUUCAUUAAAGUCAAUGAUAUAAAAUACAAUGAACUCCCGAUGUACCUUGGAAUCCAUAUUUUCUGCAGCUACUGCACUCCUAGUUUUUGUGGUAACAGCCUAGUUAUACAGUCAUCAUUGGCAUACAUAGUAACUCUCAAAGAAUCCUCCAUUCCAGUUAAAACUCUGAGCAACGGUCUCAGAAAUAUCCCCACAUGGUCGUCAUCGUAGGCUUCCGCAUUCUGUGCUUCCUCUGCCGCUUCAACGUGUCCCAACUGUACUCGGAUUGAUUGAACAUUUCAUCCUCUAGCAAGCAGGAACACAGAGCUGAGGAUGGACGAGGUGAUGAUUCCGUGUGUUUUCCAGUUAUUUUGCUCGAGGAACGUUUUGAGACGGGGCAAGCUGUAAAUUCCUUUACCUGAGAGGAAAAAAAUCCCGAAAUCUGCUCUGUGUGGGAGGAUUUCCCUCCUGUUCCGACCUGUAUCAAAUGUCUUCAACUAAAACUAAUUUAGUUCGGACUCGGGCCUCGCAUAAAAUAUUAAAAUCUUCCAUUUUCCACUUUGUUAAGUUACUCAUCUUUACCUGAGCUGAAGGUUUAUGUGCUCUUUCAUAGUUGGAGCAGGUUUCAGUAUGCAUGCAAGGAUCCAUAAAAGUCCAAUCGGAUCGUAAAAAGUUGAAGAAGACGCGAUCGUCAAGGUGUGGACUCUUGUCAUGCAGCUGCUCUAAUCGGCUUCUGUUUUCAGCUGGCUGAACUGCUUUUGUGGGAGGAAACAUCAAGACACCGCUUUUUUAUUUCGCAAGUUUCCACUUAAUUCACGAUGAGGCAGUUUAUAUGAUGUAUUGAAAUAUGUGCAUAAGAUCUUUCCUUUCAUGUGGAUGUGAUCCUCUCUCCUUUAGAUUUUCCCUAAACAAGGACGAAACAUACGGAAUGUUGAUGUUCUGGAGUCUCUUGAUCUUGUAAGAUAUUGUAUAUAAUAUUGAGCCGCCCAACAGAAGCUUUUAUAUUCUUUGACUUCAAUGUUCUAUGUGUGUCUUUGUCUGAUGUUUUUUAAUAUGUUAACUUUCUUGAGUGUCAUGUUGAUUUGACAUUUUUUUUCCUUUUCAAUUGAUCUCCAUUGGCUAGUUUCGCCUGAAAUAAAAUAAAAAUACAAAAAACACAAGUCAAUGUGUUGCAUUUGAAAUGAAGCUGAGGGAUAGGGAUUCAGGUUCUACCAGAUUGGGUUGUUGUGCAUCUUUACUGUGCCCUCCAACUGUUUAAUUAAAGCUUCAUGUGCUCCUGGGGAACCCAACUUCCUCCUGUCUUGACGAUGAGAAGCAAUCCAAAGUGUCUCAUGCUGUAUUCAUCGCUGUUUGUCGCCGUUAUGACUCAAUAAAAGAGGCUCUGGUACGGCGCGUUCUCUCAGUUUUCUGGUGAGAUUGAAUGGGCUGUGCUCGGUGGAACGUCAAUACAAGAUAUUGUUGUCUCUUCUCUGUACUUCAAGGUAUUGACGCAGGUUACAAGAUUGGAUUGAUCGAGCACCAUGAGUUCCUCUGGUGAUGCAGCACGUGAUCAAUAAUCUGAACCAAACUAAAUACAUUUUUGAAGAAACAUAACUGUCUUGACUUCGAGGCACCUGGUAGACAUUUCAUAACAUGGAAUUGCAUUUAUUUUACAAUAUCGCUGUGUCUUUCCUCUUGGUUAAAAUUAUUCAUAGAACCUAGAUGACGUGAUUCAAUCCAGGAAGUGUUUGAAGAGGUUUUGAAGCCUCGAGUUUGCCAUCUUGGACGAAGGCCGUCGCCAUCUUCCAGUGAACGGAAGUGACCAUAUUUGGAAUGCAGAGGCGUGAUGUAGACGCACCGUAUACAGCUCUGGCAGUGACCUGUCAAUCACAAUGUAGCCCCGCCCU